AUGCUGGUUGCCAUCCUUGUGAUGUUCGCCUUGUCCUUCGUCCCCGCCAGCUUCGUCCUCUUCCUCAUCGAGGAGCGGGUCAGCAACGCCAAGCACCUGCAGAUCGUCAGUGGCAUGAAACCCUGGGUCUAUUGGCUGGGCAACUUUGCCUGGGACAUGUGCAAUUAUCUCAUCCCAGCUGUUCUAGUGGUCCUCAUCUUCCUCUACUUCCAGCAGAAGUCCUAUGUGUCCCUGGCUAACCUCCCAACCCUGAUUUUGCUGCUGCUGCUCUAUGGAUGGUCCAUGACACCUCUCAUGUACCCAGCGUCCUACCUCUUCAGCGUCCCCAGCACGGCUUAUGUCACCCUGACGGGCAUCAACCUCUUAAUCAGCAUCGUCACCAGCACAACUACUUUCACCCUUGAUGCCAUUCCAAAUAAGAGACUGAAGAAGAUCAACAGCGUCCUGAAGGUGGUCUUCCUGGUCUUUCCCCAAUACUGCCUGGGCGAGGGAUUGAUCAUCAUGUCGAUGAGCCAAGACACGGCUGAUACCUUUGAGAGGUUUGGUGAGUGA